CUGCUAUUGAAAAAUUAACAUCGACAUAACUUAGUUUGUGUUUGUCGUUCGCUCUGCUCGCAACAUUUUGACGCUGUCGUGUGCCUUUUUUUCACCAAAAAAAGGACUCAUUUUGGGAGGCUGAAAAAGAAAAUAUAUAGAGACAACCGAAAAACAAAAACAAACACAAGAAACGAUAAUUUGCGUCGCGUAAUAUCCCAUCUGUAUUUUAAGAAAAACUUCUCUCUGUUAAGCUGCUAUAGCUGCGUUUUUUUCUACCAAUUUUCGUAGAGCAUUAAAUCAAUACCAGCCGCCACCAGCAGCAAGUGGUUGUCAUAAAGAGAAAUUCCAAAUUUCCAAUCCAACAACCCGAAAGUGCAAAUCCAAAUUCCUGUGUAAUUGUACCUUAAUCAAAAAAAAAUUAGAGAAAAAAAAAGCAACCAAUAUCAACCCGACAUCAUCGACUAAAUAUAGUUAAGAAAAAAUUCAAAAUGCUGAUUGGAUUAGUACGCGAUUCGGUGAUGCAGUGCUUCUGCCAUACGUGCAGGGCACCCGGAAUUUUGCCAGCGGUAUCGAGAAGAUCUGCGCCAAUUAAGAAAAACAAUAAAAUCCGUUCUAAGCAACCGCGACUUAGCAAGAAAGUCAAAUUUAUAACCACUGAGAUUCGCUGCCAGGAGAAGUCGCGCGGUGGACUGAGCUAUGAGGUCAUCCUGGCCGAGCCGGCACCCAAUGUGGCCGUCCCCAAGCGACCGGUCACCCCCGGCAAGAACGUCAGCGUGGAGGAGAUUGAGCAGAAGUUGAAGGCUGCCGAGGAACGCCGUAUUUCUCUGGAGGCCAAGAAGAUGGCUGAUAUAUCAAACAAGCUGGCCAAGGUUGAGGAGGCAACUCGCAAAAAGGAUGAGAUUACCAAUGAAUUCAUCACUCAGACCAAGGAGCAACUCGAAUCUAAGAUGGAGUUGCAUGUGGAGAAGCGUGAGGCCAUUAUCAGUGAUUUGAAGGAGAAGCUUAAGAUCCACUCUCAGGAAAUCGAGAAGACGCGCGAGACUUUGGAGCAGCAGAAGGCAAAUGAGCAGAAGGCUAUCGAGGAGAAGCUCAAGAUAGCCCAGUCCUUGCGCGAUGAGAAUAUCAAGAAGAUGUUGGAUCGUCUCAAGGAGCAUAACACAAUCAAAAUUGCCGAAAUCAAAUCGCAGAACGAUCAAUUGGAAUGUCAAAAGCUUGAGGAAAAGGCUCGCAUUUAUGAGAACAAAUUGUUUGCCGCCGAGCAGAAGCGCGAAAAGGAACUGCAAAAGAAAAUUGAAAAAGUUCAAAUGCUUGAACGUCGAGCUGAGUUGGUGCGCCAAAACAAGGCUCAGUCGCAGGAUAUCGAUGGCCAGCCCAAUGCAAUUGCCUCAUCUGGUUAGAGAGGACAAUGUGGAGAAUCCAGAGCUGUGCAGAGCGUUAUUACUUUCAAAAAACAAAAAAAUAAUUAAACAACUACAGCAACAACACUGCAAACACCAACACAUUUCAGCAAGAAACCCAAUUUGCUUCAAAAAUUUCAAGUAUUAUAGAAUUUCCCUAUGCGAGCUAAGGCGUCUAACAAGAAAACAUUUACUCAUAAACUGCAAAAAAAAACAAAAAAAAAGAACUCUAACACGGAGGAUUAAGUGCAUACAGCAAAUUAAUGCAAAAUACAUAAGUAAAGGAAAAAUCUACGAUACAGCUCAAGCAUAAACAGAUCUUUGUGAGCUAAUCAUUAAUUCUUCUUUUUGAUUUAUUCUUAAUUUUUUUUUUAAAUUUGAAAACUUUUUGAUUAUGUCUCUAAGAUUAUAUUCAAUCCCGUUUUUAAACUUGUUCGGCUUUAAAUUUUUUUUCAUAUCAUUUUACGAAAAAAACUUGCUACGAAUGUAUUUUGAAAUAAUUUGCAAAAUAAAUAUUGAAUUGCCAUGAUAAAUGCGUUUGCCUCAAUUGCUUUUGCGAAACCUUUAACAAUUAACAAAAUGUACCACUUAAUGAAUAUAUGUGAAAAUAUGUAUAAUUUAACAUUCAAAUUAAUUUAAUAACAUGCAAAAAAUAUGAAUAAACUACUUAUGUUUAAGUUCUCAUUUUUUAUCUACGAAAUAAAUGUCAAACAGAAAAACAAACAAAUAUAUGUUUCAAAUGCUUAAAAAAAUCAAAAAAAUAAAAUAAAAACCAAAAUGCAAGCUAAAUCACUCAAAGUAUUAUUGUUUUAAUUAUGAACAAUAAAAACACACAUUUAGGCAUAAAUAAUGGAAAUGGAAGCUCGAACAAAAAACAAGUAUAUUAUGUAUACACAAAAACAUUUAUGUAAAAUGCAUAUUUUGUCUAACGUGGAGUUAUAUUUAGAGAAAAAGGGCAAAUUUUGGCCGUAAAAUGGGUUUAAAAAAAAUUUACAGGGGGUUAUAAUAAAGAGGAGUAGAUGAUGGAUGCGAAACAAAUGGAAUAUUUAGAAAAACAAAUUUUUCAGAACCUGCUUUCAGAAGUUUUUUUCCCCAAAAAUUCAUUUCGCCCGAAAGAGCGCUGAAAGAGUAGCCUAAAUUUAAAUCAUAUACCGUUAUAAAUGUGUAUUCGUGAAAUAUAAAACAAUGCCUAUACUUAUAAAUAUCCUCAAUGCAAUGCUCUUAAUAAGAACUGCAAUCGAAACAAAGCACUUAUAGAACACGAAUAACUUUCAAAAACAUAUUCAACAAAAAAAGAAAAAAAGUGUGAACUUAAAAGACAAAACCAAAAGCCAUUGCAAGAGCAUCAAUACAAUUGAUAAUGCUUCGAUAUUUACUCAAUUUAUAUUAUUGUAUAAUCAACGCCAAUAAUCAACAACUAAUAAACAUUUUUGUAUGAGAAAGGAGCUAGGGAGGAAUCGAUGAAACGGUUACAUAUUCAAAUCAAUGUUCUCUACACAAAUUCCAGAAAUACGACCGCUUACAAAAAGUCUAGUUUCGCGCAUAAUUUAAAUUAAGUUUACUUAAGCAACAAAUUACUGACGAUAAGCAUACUUAUAAUAUAUGUAUAAUAAAAUGGCAUAAUAAUGGCAUAUAAAUAAAUGAACAAAAAUUUCAA